AAAAGUUUUUAAAGUAAAAAAGACUAAGAGCAAUUAUGGGUGAUCAAAGAGGAACACGCGUCUAUGUUGGCAAUUUGACCGACAAAAUCAAGAAAGACGAUUUGGAGGGAGAGUUCACAAAAUAUGGUAAAUUAAAUUCCGUAUGGAUUGCCUUCAAUCCACCAGGUUUUGCUUUUGUUGAAUUCGAGCAUCGUGAUGAUGCCCAAAAGGCCUGCGAUGUGCUGAACGGCACCGAGCUCUUGGGCUCCCAGCUACGUGUGGAAAUCAGCAAAGGUCGUCCACGACAAGGUGGGCGUCGCCCAGGCGGCCGUGGUGGUGGUCGCGAUGGCGGACGACGUGAUGGUGGCUUCGGCGGUGGUCGUCGUAGUGGCAGCAGUGGUGGUGGCUUCCGGCCACGUAAUUCAUCCAGCGGUGGACGUUAUCAGGAUCGCGGUUAUGGUGGUGGCUCCGGAGGUGGCCGUUCCGGUGGAGGCUAUGGACGCGAUAGCUAUGGAGGAUCGGGAGGUGGUCGCUCCGGCGGUGGUUAUGGCCGUGAUGGCGGCGGUGGUGGCUUCAGUCGUCGUGAUUCAUAUGGCCGCGAUGGUGGCAGUCAAAGUGGUGGUGGACGUUCGUUUGGUGGUCAAAGUGGUGGCGGCGGUGGUGGUCGUUUUAGAUCACGUUCUCCAAUGGGUCGCUUCUAAGG